AUGAAAAUGGAUGUCAAUAAAGAAGCAAGUGAAAUUUAUGAUGGAAAAAACCUUUGGGAAUUAUCAGAAAUUUACGGAAAAAGUGAUGAAAUGAAAAGGAAAUUAGAGGAAUUGGUUGUCAAGACGAUCCAAAACCUUAUUGAUAAAAAUCAAGAUCAUACUGGGCCUCAAAUAGAGGUUGUCACAAAUAAGCUUGGUAAUAUAACCUUCCGUGCAGAUGUUGAAGAAAUUACAUCAUUGGAAAGAUUUGUAGAGAUUAUGAAAGCUUCCCAUAAUGAAGCUAAGCAUGCUAAAGCCGUAGGAAGUUUUGAAGCCUUCAAUCGGAUAACUGAAACCGAUGGAUUCCUUCUUUAUACUAAAAAUUAUCGUGGGGUGACUAAAACUGAUUUAAAUUUAGUAAGAGAAGAAUUUAAACUCGAUAAUUUAUAUUAUGAUGUGAAAUGUGGAACUACAAUCAAUGAAGUUGUAUCAGAAUUGAAAAAGGAUGAAAGGGCUAUAUUUAAUUUACCCGGAUAUGGUGGCCAAUCAAUCGUCGGAUGUAAUGCGACGUCAACACAUGGAAGUGGGAUCACUCUUCAACCUUUAGCAUCAUUCGUAAUUGCGGUUAACCUUAUCGAACCAGGUGGACAAAUUUAUAAAAUUGAACCCACGAUUGGAAUCACGGAUCCUAUAUUAUUUUCGAAACAAUAUCCAAAUAUUCAAUUAAUUCAACAAGAUGAAACGUUUAAUGCAAGCGUAGUAAAUUUAGGAGCAUUAGGUGUUGUAUAUCAAGUAACCAUUAAAACAGUUCCGUAUUAUAAGGUAAUUUCAAUGAGAGAAGAAACGACCUGGGAAGCUGUUAAACCCAUCCUAUCACAACGACCUUACAGUGAUAAUGAUAUUUUAAAAUAUCAUAAUGCAGAAGUAUGGAUCAGUCCUUACACAUCAUAUGCUCUCGUUACAAGAAGAAAUAUUGCAACAAAGGAAGAUGAAGAAAACUAUCCUAAAGAUCAUCAUAAACAAUGGUUGCAAGAAUUUUUAAAUUACCCAAUUAUUCGUGAUAUUGCUAAAAAAUUGAGUGUUGAUGGAGGACAUAUUCUAUUUAUUUUAUUAAAUCUAUUUCCAAAAAUUGUUCCUUUUGUAAUUGAAACUGCUUUAAAAACUCAAUAUAAUAAUACUCCUAAAGUUGAUGAUUACAAUAAUAUUUAUCUAGUUGGAUUUAUUAAUGACUUUAGUGCGAUUGCCGUAGAAUUUUCAUUUUCAAUGAUUGAUAAUAAUCAUAUUAGAGCAAUCGAUGCUUUGAAGGAAACACUUCAAGAAAUUAGAACAAGAUUUAAUUAUAAUAUUAAUGGUCCUCUUGCUGUACGAUUUGCCGCUGCCUCUUCUCAAUAUUUAUCUAUGGCUCAUAAUACUAAUGGUGAACCAAGGUGUUUUGUUGAAAUGCCAAUUUUAGUAUAUGAUACAAGGAUCGAUUACUAUAAACGUGUUUAUAAGCCAUUGUUUGGUACAGCAUUAAAGUACAAGGCUAGAUUUCAUUGGGGCCAACAUUUGGACUCCGAUUUAGAUUAUAAAUAUCUUUAUCAUUCUUUUGAUAAAAAUGCUAUAGAUUUAUUUCUUAAACAAGUUUCUAAAUUUGAUUCUCAAGGUAUAAUGACUAAUAAUUUAUUAGCCAAUUUUGGUCUGGUCCCUUUUACAAAAACUAAUAAUAUUAAGAAAUGGAUUGGUAAAAUGUUGGAUAAAGUAUUAAAAUAA